AUGGCGCACCAAACUGCCGGCUUCGAGCAACUAGUACAGGAAACGAUUGAGGAAUGGAAAGUCCCCGGACUCUCGAUUGCCAAAUGCACUGAGGACACACUCUUCGACUUGGCCAGCACGUCCAAGUCAACUACAUCAGCAGCUAUCGCUUGCCUGAUUGAUGAUGAAGCGUACCCAGACGUGCAAUGGACUACACCUGUCUCGAAGUUGUUGCCUGACGACUUUGUCCUCGCAGACCCCGAGUACACCAAGAACGUCACGAUUGAAGAUAUUUUGAGUCACCGAACUGGUCUGCCAGGACAUGACGACUCCUAUCUAGGUGUUCGCGCAGAGCAUCCAGAUGAUGCAAAAUCCAUGACUCGAAACUUGCGAAACCUGCCGUUGAGCAAGCCGCUCCGCACAACGUACCAAUACAGCAACAUCAUGUAUACAGUCGCUACCCACCUCGUCGAAACCUUAAGUGGCAAGUCAUACGCUGAAUUCCUUCGCAUUAAGCUCUGGGAACCACUAGGUAUGUCAAACACAUACCACGACUUGCCCGGCAUCUCGGACGCGACCGCAAAACAACGCCUGGCAACUGGCUACCGCUGGGACAAGAAGAACGAGGAAUACAUUGAAAUACCUUCCUUCCCGCAACCAGAAGGUCAAGGCGCUGGCUCCAUAUUCAGCAGUGCAGCUGACUACGCCAAAUGGAUCCGCGCCUUGCUAAAGUGUAAAGCCCCAUUUUCAGCGGAAGCGCACAAAAACCUGAUAACGCCGCGAACCAUCGUACCCCUCGAAGAGCCGUGGGUCAUCCCAUACUACAGCCACUCCCUCUAUGCCCUGGGCUUGAUCGUCGAAACGUACCGCGGGCGCACGGUCGUAGGCCAUGACGGGGAUGUGAAUGGCUUCAAGGCCGUGGUACGUUACAUGCCCGAGUUCGACUGGGGCAUCGUGAUUCUCGGAAACUCAGACGGUGCGUUUGGGGCAGAGCAAAUUCUGCUGCAUAUGUUGAUGGAUCAUGUUGUAAACGUGCCGGAAGAGGAACGUCUCGAUUGGACCAAGUUCUGGAGAGAGUGGGGCGAGAGGGAGGAAGCUGAGGCUGAAGAGGACGAGGACGAAGACGAUGUACAGUUUCAAACCCUUGAGAACCCAGAGGUGCUAGGUGUUCCGAUUCACUCGUUGGCGGGAAAGUAUUAUAAUGCGGGAUACAAAGGUCUUGUUCUUGAGAUGAAAGAGGGGAAGUUGGUAGCUGACUGUAAUGAUCGAUGUUGGCCGUUUGUUCUCACCUUCUCACACCUGCCGGGGGGAAAUUUUGCGGUCAAGUCGGAGAGUGUUUGGGGAGGCGAUACGAAGAUGAUGAAAGCCGAAUUUCGAAUCGAAGAGGGCCGAAAGGUGGAAUCUGUGGGUGUAAACUUUGUGGAGGAGAUCCAGGGGCAUUUGACAUGGUUCGACAAGGUGACCUGA